AUGGGGCACGAAGGAGUCUUCCCGGAGAGCUGGAGGAGGGAUCUGGUGCGGGAGUGGAGGAAGCCUGCGCACCUGGGGCUGGGGAGCUCGAGAGCUGCGUUCCCCAUCUCUGCAGCGGAGCUGCUGGGAGCCGUGCUGGACACGUCGGUGUCUCGGCUGCGCAGGGCCGACCCCGAGUCACGUAGUGAAGUUAUUUGAAAUUCUCUCCUUAGCUUCUUUGAAGACUUAGAGAAGCGGCACCAGGAAAACCUCCUAAUUCCUGACAUCAGUGACAUAGUGGAAGAACACGCCUCGAACCACUUCAGCCCUUAUAUCAGCUACUGCUCCAAUGAAGUCUACCAGCAGAGGACACUUCAGAAGCUGCUAGCCACAAACCCCUUAUUUAAAGAGACCUUGAAACAAAUUGAAAGAAAACCAGAAUGUGGAGGCCUGCCAGUGAUAUCAUUUCUCAUUCUCCCUAUGCAGAGAGUAACACGGCUUCCUCUGCUCUUAGAUACUGUCUGUCAAAAAACAAAAGCAUGCACUGCAGCAUACGGAGCUGCCACCAGAGCUCUGAAAGCCAUCAGCAAGCUGGUUAAGAACUGCAAUGAGGGAGCUCGUACUAUGGAGAGGAUGGAGCAGAUGUACACCCUGCAGCAGCAGCUGGAAUUUGGAAAGAAGAAGCCCUUACCACUGAUUUCUGCUUCCCGGUGGCUGCUGAAGCGGGGGGAGCUGCACCUGCUGCUGUCGGAGGAGGCGGGCAUCUUCCGUCGAGGCACCGGCAGGCUCUGCUACGUCUUCUUGUUCAACGACGUCCUGAUCAUAACCAAGAAGAAGAGUGAGGAGAGCUACGCCGUCAUGAACUAUGCCACGCUGGACCAGAUCACGGUGGAGAAGAUCGAGAGCGGGGACCCGCCUUCCCCUCCUCCCAGCAAGACCGGGAGCAGCGGCACGGCUCGCGGCGCGGCCGGCGGGCACCUGCUCCGGGUGGUGAUGGAGAAGGACAGCGAGGGCAGGCGGGAGGAGAUCGUGCUGUCGGCAGAGACGCUGAGCGACCGGGCCCGGUGGGUCACUGCGCUGAUGCACAGAGAAAAGGAAAAGCCUGACACCACUCCUAAAGGAGAUCUGAGCCAAGUGGAGAUAACCCAUGCCUACCUGGCUAAAGAGGCGGAUGAGAUUUCCCUGCAGCAGGCUGACGUCGUGCUGGUGCUGGACGGAGAGGACGGUAAGUGCCAGCGAGUGGGAGCUGCGGCCGGGGAAGGCUUCCCUUAG